ACGCUAUAUAUUCACAGUCACAUACCCUUCUGCUGCGUACAUGCAUGAUCCCAAUUCCCAAACAUAGUUCAGUCUCAGCUGUUGCUUCUUCUUCUUCCUCCUGCGAUUCAGAUAAUCAGAAUUAUUCUCACCUCAUCAACCCCAACAUCAUCAUCAUCAUCAUGAUAAGCAUCAGCCAACGGACUCAAACAAGUGGGGGCCUCACCUCCAUCCCCACCGCCUACAACUACUUCACUCCCAAUAACAUCCAUGAUCAACCAGUUUCGGAUGAAUUAUUUGAGGAUUCCAUCCCUACUAUCGACUUCUCUCUCCUUACCUCUGGUACUCCCGAGCAACGGUCCAAGAUCGUCAAUGAACUUGGCAAAGCUUGCCAAGACUGGGGGUUUUUCCUGGUGAUCAAUCAUGGUGUGCCGGAUAGCCUGAUGAAGGUGAUGAUUGAGACUUGUGAAGAGUUUUUCAAACUGACGGAGGAGAAGAAGCAGGAAUAUGCAGGGAAGCAUAUUUUGGACCCAAUCUUUUAUGGAACCAGCAUUAAUGGUGCAGCGACCCAAGUGUUAUUUUGGAGAGAUUUUAUCAAGUUUUUUGUUCGUCCCAAGUUUCACUGUCCGGCCAAACCCACUGGGUUUAGGGACAUUUCAAUGGAAUAUAGCAAAAGAACGUGGGAAGUAGCUAGAGAAUUGAUGAAAGGGAUAUCAAUGAGCUUGGGGUUGGAAGAAGGCUACAUAGAAAAAGCCAUGAAUUUGGAUUCGGGUUUACAGAUUGUGGCUGCAAACCUGUAUCCGCCAUGUCCAGAGCCGAAAGUAGCAAUAGGCUUACCUCCUCACUCAGAUCACGGCCUCUUGACCCUUCUUAUCCAUAAUGGGCAACGUGGCCUUCAGGUGCAGCAUAAAGGGAAUUGGGUCAACGUAUAUUCCAAUCCCAAUGCCUUCGUGGUUAACAUCGGUGAUCACAUGGAGAUACUGAGUAACGGCAAGUACAAGAGUGCUUUCCAUCGGGCACUGGUGAAUGGAACGGAUGCAAGAAUAUCGAUACCUAUAUUGUUUGGACCAGAACUGGAAACGGUUGUCAACCCAGCACCAGAGUUGGUUGACAAUGAAACCAAUCCACCCGCAUUCGCUGGAAUGAAGUAUAGAGAGUACUUGGAAAUGCUUCAGGCCAAAACGAUCAAUGCCAAAUUGUCUCAGAAGUAAUUAAUUAUUGAUAAAAUACUUUAUAUUUUAUACUUAAUAGGUACUAUCAAUUUCAAUUGAAAUGAAAAGAGUGUUGUUGCAAAAUGGAUGUUAGUCGUGGAAUAUGUCAUUAUUAGGAGCUGUGUAGCCCUAAUACGGCAACGGUUGAUCAUCAAUAAAGAUUGUUUACUGUAUUUAUUUGCAAAAUCUAUAAAUUUUAAAGUAGUGUUUUUUAU